AUGGACAAUUUUCCCACCGUUUUGGGAACUGCUUCCAAAGUGUGGUUGAUGGACAAGCCCGACCACUUCAAGUGGCCUAGGCGCACUGUUGGUACAGCUCAGCUCUCAUCGCGCGGUGUGAGAUCCGAGAUACAGAGGCGUGUCGCUCGGUGCGUAUUCCCUCCGUGGGCCGUCCUAUCCCCUCUCAUCCUGCCCUCCUAUCCUCCCCUGACGUCCUAUCCUCUCACAUCCUGCUCUCCUCUCCUCUCCUGCUCUCCUCGCCUCUCUUGCUCUCCUAUCCUCUCCUCUCCCAUCCUGCCUUCGCCUCUCUCAUCCUGCUCGAAAUUUGCCGUCCUGCUCUCCUCACCCAUCCCGCUCUCCUCUCCUCUCCCAUCCCGCUCUCCUCUAGUCUCCUCUCGUGCUCCACUCUCCUCUCGUGCUCUCCUCUCCUCUCCUGCUCUCCUCGAGUCUCCUUCUCUCCUCUCCUCUCCUGCUCUCUUCUCCUCUCUUGCUCUCUUCUCCUCUCCUGCUCUCCUCUCCUCUCCUGCUCUCCUCUCCUCUCCUGCUCUCCUCUCCUCUCCUGCUAUCCUCUCCUCUCCUGCUAUCCUCUCCUCUCCUGCUAUCCUCUCCUCUCCUGCUAUCCUCUCCUCUCCUGCUCCCCUCUCCUCUCCUGCUCUCCUCUCCUCUCUGCUCUCCUCUCCUCUCCUGCUCUCCUCUCCUCUCCUCUCUCCUCUCCUCUCCUGCUCUCCUCUCCUCUCCUGCUAUCCUCUCCUCUCCUGCUCUCCUCUCCUCUCCUGCUCUCCUCUCCUCUCCUGCUCUCCUCUCCUCUCCUGCUAUCCUCUCCUCUCCUGCUAUCCUCUCCUCUCCUGCUAUCCUCUCCUCUCCUGCUCUCCUCUCCUCUCCUGCUCUCCUCUCCUCUCCUGCUCUCCUCUCCUCUCCUGCUCUCCUCUCCUCUCCUGCUCUCCUCUCCUCUCCUCUCCUGCUCUCCUCUCCUCUCCUGCUCUCUUCUCCUCUCCUGCUCUCUUCUCCUCUCCUGCUCUCUUCUCCUCUCCUGCUAUCCUCUCCUCUCCUGCUAUCCUCUCCUCUCCUGCUAUCCUCUCCUCUCCUGCUAUCCUCUCCUCUCCUGCUCUCCUCUCCUCUCCUGCUCUCCUCUCCUCUCCUGCUCCCCUCUCCUCUCCUGCUCCCCUCUCCUCUCCUGCUCCCCUCUCCUCUCUGCUCUCCUCUCCUCUCCUGCUCUCCUCUCCUCUCCUCUCUCCUCUCCUCUCCUCUCCUGCUCUCCUCUCCUCUCCUGCUCUCCUCUCCUCUCCUGCUCUCCUCUCCUCUCCUGCUCUCCUCUCCUCUCCUGCUCUCUUCUCCUCUCCUGCUCCCCUCUCCUCUCCUGCUCCCCUCUCCUCUCCUGCUAUCCUCGUCCCCCCCUCUCCUCCCUCAAUGUCCACACCUCUCCUCUCUCGCUCCGUCCUCCACUGCUCGCUUCUCCACCCAUAUUUGCAGGCGUGUCGCGCGGUGGGAUCUCCGGAAACAGUAGGCGCGCGCAACAGUGUGGUUUCCAGAAUCCGGAUGCCAACCUCCCUCGGUGCGUACGCGGAAAUCUCGCUUCCCCUUCCCCUUCCUCUUCCUCUCCCUGCCUUCCUCUCCUCUCGCUUCCUGCCAUCAUCCCCUCUCCCGUCCUGCCUUCAUCUCCUCUCCCGUGCUGCCUUCAGCUCCUCUCCCGUGCUGCCAUCAUCUCCUCUCCCGUGCUGCCAUCAUCUCCUCUCCCGUGCUGCCUUCAUCUCCUCUCCCGUGCUGCCUUCAUCUCCUCUCCCGUGCUGCCAUCAUCUCCUCUCCCGUGCUGCCAUCAUCUCCUCUCCCGUGCUGCCAUCAUCUCCUCUCCCGUGCUGCCAUCAUCUCCUCUCCCGUGCUGCCAUCAUCUCCUCUCCCGUGCUGCCAUCAUCUCCUCUCCCGUGCUGCCAUCAUCUCCUCUCCCGUGCUGCCAUCAUCUCCUCUCCCGUGCUGCCAUCAUCUCCUCUCCCGUGCUGCCAUCAUCUCCUCUCCCGUGCUGCCAUCAUCUCCUCUCCCGUGCUGCCAUCAUCUCCUCUCCCGUGCUGCCAUCAUCUCCUCUCCCGUGCUGCCAUCAUCUCCUCUCCCGUGCUGCCAUCAUCUCCUCUCCCCUGCUGCCAUCAUCUCCUCUCCCGUGCUGCCAUCAUCUCCUCUCCCGUGCUGCCAUCACCUCCUCUUCCGGCCUGCAUUCAUCUCCUCUCCCUUCCUGCCUCCCUCUCCCCCCUCUUUCUGUCCUCCCUUCUCCUCUCUCUUUCUGUCCUCUCUCUUCUCCCGUGCGGCCCUCCCUCCUCUCCUCUCACAUCCUGCCCUCCCCUCUGCCCUGCCAUCCUCUCCAAUCCAGCCCACGUAUCCUUUCCCGGCCUGCCACUCACUUUGUGUACCGUGCCUCUUAACUCCACACAGGUCUGCUCAACACAUGUUGCCUGCUAA